ACAAUUUUUCAUUUGCCUGAAAACUCAAACCUUAUCAGAAUGUCUUGGUUUCUUACAAUUUUGUUUCUCACUCUCACAAUUGGUACAAAUCUUUCAGAAGCAAAGCAUGAAAACAAGAAGCUUCAUCCUUCACCUGUUGUAGUUGGCACUGUCUUCUGUGACACAUGUUUUCAACAAACUUUCUCUCAAGAAAGCCGUUUCAUUUCAGGUGCAUCAAUAGCUGUUGAAUGCAAACUAGGAAAAACAAAGCAAAGAUUUUACAAAGAAGUGAAAACAAAUGAACAAGGAGAGUUCAAAGUGAAACUACCUUUCUUAGUGAGAAAAAAUGUGAAGAGACUCAAAGGGUGUAAUUUCAAGUUGUUAAGUAGCAAUGUACCAAAUUGUGCCAUUGCUUCAACUUCUACUUCAUUUUCACCAUCCCUAAAGAAAAAGAUGCAAGAUGAACACAUUUUUUCAGCUGGAUUCUUCUCAUUCAAGCCUAUAAAAAAGCCAAAAUUUUGUGACCAAAAUAAGCCUAAGAAAAAUGAAGUUGAAGAUUUUUUCUUUUUUCCUCCAAACCCUUUGAAUCCACCUUUGGUUCCUAAUCCAUUUCAACCACCUUUGAUUCCUAACCCUUUUACACCACCACCAUUGAUUCCUAAUCCUUUUCAACCACCAAGUCCACCUUUGAUUCCAAAUCCAUUUCAACCACCAAGUCCUCCACCAUUUUUGCCUAAUCCAUUUCAACCUCCUCCAUCAAGUCCUCCACCUCUCAUUCCAAAUCCAUUUCAGCCUCCACCAUCUAGUCCACCACCUUUCUCUCUUUUUCCACCAAUAGUAGUACCAGGUAUCACUCCAUCACCGCCACCGCCUCCGCCGCCACCAAAAUCAAUUUUACCAUUUCCUUUUCCUCCACUAUUCCCACCUCCUCAUAACCCUGGCUCACCCCCUACUUCCUCAACAAAAUCUUCUCCUUGAUUAUUAACAUAUUAUAUAAAUCAUAGUUUUAAAUUACAAUCUGAAACUACAAUUUUAGAGGUCUCAACGAUAUCAUCGUGACCACAAUGCAAUUAUAUUUGUCUGUAAUUUAAAAGUUUGCGGACUGCAAUUUAAAACUAUGAAACAUUAUGAUAUAGUAUAGUGAGCUAAAUAUGAGGAUGAAUAAUAUAGUGACUAUGCCAAAAAAAAUAAGUUGAUACAUUAUUGCUAUGUUUGUAAUUAGUAUAAGAAUAUUAUUAUCUUAGAGCUUAUCUUGUAAUUUUUGUGUGUUUUCUACCCUUGAAUUGCUUUAUAAAUGGAUUCUUAUGAUUGUGAUAUAAAUAUACAUAUUUCAAUGA